UCGCUAAGCGUGCGGCCGGCGUCCCGGGGCCCAAUCAGCGGCCGAGGUCCCGCCCCCUCCGAGUCACGUGUCGGCCAAAGAUGGCUGCGCCCGCGCGAGCAGGGUGAAGGUUGCGGUGAGCCUUAGGGCCGAGGCCGGCCGGAGCCAGCGCCGAGGGCUGCAGGGAGAGCACCAGGCUCAAGAUGGAAAAUCAUGAAUCAGAUGAUACUUUCCAGAAAGAACACAUUUUGAACAUCAUAAACAGAAAAAUUAACCAACUUCCAGAAGCAGAAAGGAAUCUACUUGAACAUGGAUCAACAUAUAUUGGACUUAAUGCUGCUCUCUGUGGCCUAAUAGCAAACAGUUUUUUUCGACGCGUCUUAAAUGUGACACAGGCUCGUAUAGCUGCUGGUUUACCAAUGGCAGUGAUCCCAUUUUUGACAGCGGACAUAUCUUACAAAAGUGUUGUAAGUUUACCAUUGAAUACAGGUGAUUUGCAUUGUGAAACCUGUACCAUAAUACGAGGUGGAUUGGUUGGACUUGUUUUUGGUGGUCUGUACCCUGUUUUCUUGGCUAUUCCUGUGAAUGGUGGCCUAGCAGCCAGGUAUUCCUCAGCCCUGCUACCGGAGAGAGGAAACAUCUUAACCUACUGGAUCAGAAUUUCUCAACCUAUCUUUAGAAAGAUGUUAUUUCCCAUUUUGCUCCAGACUGGGUUUUCAGCAUACCUUAGUUCUAGGCAAUAUAAACUACUUAUAAAGGCUCUUCAAUUACCUGAACCUGGCCUAAAAGUUCAGUGAUUGUUAAGCAAAUGUGUACACAAAAAUAAAACUGUAAGAAUAACCAA